UCCUCUGUCGAAUGUAUGUAUAGACACACUUAUCAGAAACUUCAUAAAAGGGCACAACUUGAGAGUACCCAGAAAAUCAUCGUUUGUUUGAUCUCUGUGUCGUGUUACUUCCCAUUAUAAGGUGGUAAUGGCGAAGGAAGAGAUGAAAGUUGUGAAAGGUUUGGACUUGGAAAGGUACAUGGGUCGAUGGUACGAGAUUGGCUCAUUCCCUUCGCGUAAUCAGCCAAAGGAUGGUGUGAACAGCAGAGCCACAUAUACCCUUAACAAAGAUGGUACUGUGCAUGUACUCAACGAGACUUGGUCUAAUGGAAAGAGAGGCUAUAUAGAGGGUACUGCUUACAAGGCAGACCCAAAAUCUGACGAAGCCAAGUUAAAGGUAAAAUUCUAUGUUCCACCUUUCUUGCCCCUCUUCCCUGUCACUGGGGACUACUGGGUCCUCUACAUUGAUGACGAUUAUCAGUAUGCUUUGAUCGGCCAACCAAGCAGGAAUUACCUUUGGAUUUUAUGCAGAAAAACCCAUUUGGAUGAAGAUAUCUACAAUUUUCUUGUUCAGAAAGCCAUUGACGAAGGAUAUGAUGUGAGCAAACUCCACAAGACUCCACAGAGUGAUCCGCCACCACCAGGGGCAGAAGAAGGAUCCCAAGACACCAAAGGCAUUUGGUGGAUCAAAUCCAUUUUAGGCAAAUAGACUUUAUAUAUAUAUAUAUAUAUAUAUAUAUAUAUAUACACGUUUAAAAUGUAUUUGAAUUUGAUGUAGUGUGUAUUCUGAUUAAGAAUCUUCUGAUAGAUUGAAUCCCUCUAUAGCAUGGAUGUGUGUGUUUGGUUGCUAUGUGAUCUGUACAUAAACUUUGGUGUGUGAAUGAAUAUUUUGAUGAUGUUAUUUCAGCUAUAA